AUGAUCUUAUUGUACUUCGUGAGUUCUCUUAUUGGAAUCGUGACCGCUUGUGCUCCAACUUCACCCACAAAUGGACCUUCAAGCACUUGCUGUCCGAUUGAUGUGUUCAAUGAGGCGGCUUCGACUGGACGAGCCCUCUUCAAUCCACAAUUGUCUCAAUGUCCCGACACCGCGAACUUCAUUUGCAGUGUCCGGGACGAUGGGGUCACCGAUCCGACGAUAAUCCAAAUCAAUGGAGCGACAACGAUUGCCACUGGACCAAAUGGAAUCAACACAAUGGUCGGAUUGCAAUGUAUGCGAUCUUCGAGAAUUUGGCAGUACACGGAUAUGCAAGGAACGGUCACAACCGUCACAUCGAUCACUUGUCUCAACAAUGCGGCUGGA